AUGGACCUGCUACAGGAGAAUCAAGGUAGCAUACUUUCAGGAGCUGAUUUGGAUGAUACACAGAUGAUACAAAGAUGGGAGGAAGAAUAUACAGUGCGAUAUGUGUUUAUAAUUACUUGGUGGAAAGGCUGCCCAGCUAUACAGGAGAUUCUCCACCAUCGUAGUCCUGGAGCCAUUGGGAAAGUAGAAGAACACGCUGCUGAAUUGGACCAAGAUAAUAUUGCAGGAUCUCUAUGGCAUCAUGUGUAUGACUUGGGGAGAAGGCUAUCUGGUUUUAUCAAGUCUCCUAGGUACCUGAGAAUAAUUACUGAACAAAACAAAGAUCGUGCCCUCAUGGACCUUUUAUGUAGGAGAAUACAAUUGCAACACGACUUUCCCAGGGCUCUGAUUUUCAGCACGGAUGAUUUUUUCUUCAGGGAAGACGGUGCCUAUGAGUUCAAUCCUGACUUCCUGGAGGAAGCACAUGAAUGGAACCAGAAAAGAGCCAGAAAAGCAAUGAGGAAUGGCAUAUCCCCCAUUAUUAUUGAUAAUACCAACCUCCACGCCUGGGAAAUGAAGCCCUAUGCAGUCAUGGCACUUGAAAAUAACUAUGAAGUUAUAUUCCGAGAACCUGACACUCGCUGGAAAUUCAACGUUCAAGAGUUAGCAAGAAGGAACAUUCAUGGAGUCCCAAGAGAAAAAAUACACCGGAUGAAGGAACGGUAUGAACACGAUGUUACCUUUCACAGUGUGCUUCAUGCGGAAAAGCCAAGCAGAAUGAACAGAAACCAGGACAGGAAUAACCCAUCACCUUCCGACGGCGCAGGAUACUGGAAUCCCUACGCGGAGUUUCCCAUCCGGAGGGCUCAUGGGGGCUUCACAAACGAGAGCUCCUUUAACAGAAGAGGCGGCUGUCACCAUGGAUAUUAG